AUGCAGGAGGGCCAGGCAUGGGCGCGGGGAGGGGCGGGCGGGGGGAAGCUUCCCCACUCGUCUUCCGUCGGCGGACCGGACGGCGGAAUGCGCAGGGGGGUGGGCGCGGGGGUGGAAGACCCCUUGGCGGAUCAAUUCGGGCGGAGCAUGACGGUCGGAAAUAAAGCGCCCACUCCGCGCGGACCUGGUGCGGGGAGAGGCGCUGGCGGAGGCGGGCAGUUUGGCGGCGGAGAGCCGGAGAUCGGACGGUCGUUGACUGCCACUGACGGCCGGCACCGGUCGCCGUUAAGACAGAACCCGCACGCGACGGGGGGAAUGGGCGUUGGGGGGAUGAUCACCCCGCGGAGGACCCAGGCGCAGCAGAUGGUGGCGGGCGGAGGGCGCGGCGGAAUGGGCGGAAUGGGGGGAAUGGGGGCGGGUCCGGGCAGUCCGUACCGCCAACGCGCGGGGAGCGGGUUUUCGCAAGGCGGGUACAUGGAGGGCGGCGGAGAGUACACCGACGAAAGCGACGGGAUGUACGGCGAAGACGGUUACCACCAGAACAUGCAACGGUCGCGAUCCACCGGCAUGGGGAUGAUGGGCGCAGGCGGGCGCAUGGCGGGCGGGGGAAUGGCCAUGGGGGGAAUGGGCGGCGGAAUGCCCCCGCAUGCGCCUGGCGGAAGGGGAAUGGGAGGAGGGCGCGUGAGUAUGGGGGAAGAGCACUACUAUACGUCGGACGCGUCGGAAGGGGGGGUCGGCGGGGGAGCGUAUCCGCGCAGCCGGUCGGUUAAUCCGCGCUUAGAGGGCGCGGGGGACGCGGGGGGGAUGGCGCCGCAGGGGAAGGCGGGGAAGGCGGAGGUGGACCCGUCGGAACUCCCCAUGCUUCCCCCUCCGGGCAGCCCGCAAGGCAUUCAGAGCGUCUCACUCCCUUUCCCCCAAUCCCUCUUUCCCUCCCCAAUCCCCACCCCUCCUCCCCCUUUCCCCUCCACCUCUCUCCUUCGCUUCUCCUGUUCUCCCGUCCUCCUCUCCCUUCUCUCCUCUCCUCCCGUCUUCGCCCCUUCACCUCCCCCCCACCAGUGUCAGCGUUGCUCUCAGCCAUUGGAAUUCCCAGCAGCGUUCCCGCCGGCCAAGAAGGGCAUUCAGAAGCUGCGCUGCAGCAAGUGCAUGCGCGUCUCACUCCCUCUCUCCUCCCUCUCUCCCAACCCCUCCCUCUCCUCUCCCCUCUCCAUCCCUCUUUUUCCCUUCUCCUCUCCCCUCUCUCCCAUCCUCCCCUGGAACAUUCACCCGGGCAAUUACUGGUACGACCAGGUCGCAGGGUUCUGGGGCGAGAUGGGCGGCCCAUGCCUCGGCAUCAUCCCACCGGGUAUUGAGUUUGGGACGCCGAUCCCGGUGGACUGUGCGGGAGGCGCGACGCGGGUGUAUGUGAACGGGAGGGAGCUGCACAAGAAGGACCUGGAUCGGCUCAUGAAGAGAGGGCUACCAUCGAAGCCCAACAUGUCGUACCGAGUGGAGAUCAAUGGGAGCGUGUAUGAUGAGGAGACGGGUGACUACCUCCUCAGCCUGGGGAAGCUCGCACCCUC